CCACCAUCUCUCAGCACACUUCACACUCCUCCGUGCUGUCUAUAAAAUACACAUAGUCUGUAUUCUUACUGAUCUUGCACGAUGUCACCCGUAGCAACUGAGUCUGUAACUUACGUGCUGCCUGCUGGCUCCACUGUGACGCAGCAGCUCAAGGCACCCGCACUCGUCCUCGGCUCGCCUGCCAGUGCCCAGGAUGGUUCAUACCAGCGGCUCAUCGAAGAGCUCGAGAAGACGCGCAGUGUAGAGAAGUUGAUGGUAGAUCGACUUGUCGAGGGUGCGACGACGCUUGUACCUGCAAGUUAUGGUGCUAUCUACGCAGUACUAGGGCUGUCCGAUUUUAAUGCCCUGCAGACCAAGCUACCUUCUCUCUUGACUCAGCUGCUGAGUGGACUGUCUACACACGGUACUCUGCAUGUCGCACACGCUUCCUCCGUGCCUUCCAGUCUUCGCACAGACCUUGAACGUGCAGGAUUUGAAAUUCUUACGGAGGAGGAUGACACGGGUGCUCUCAUUGCCCAGAAAUUCCGAAAGCCGUCAGCCUCGACGUCGACUUCUUCAUCCACAACAACUUAUUCCGCGCCGGUAUCCACUCCGGCUUCUGUCCCAUUAAAUCGUCCCGCAGCUGUAUCACUCCCACUCCGUCGCGGUGCUGCCGACGCAGCACGCCGCUCGAACAAAAAGGCUGUAUGGACGCUCACGACACCUGCACCAGGCACGCCCACCAUCGAUGCAGAAGCACUGCUCACUGACGCUGACCGCGCACGGCCCGAGCCAUGUGCACCUCCCGCAGGUAGCGGACCGCGUCGCCGUAAGGCAUGCAAAGGCUGCACAUGUGGUCUAGCAGAACUUGAGGCAGAGGAAGAGAGGAACGCGACUGUCGUGAUGAUUGACGGUGCACCUAAUGGUGGAGCUCGUGAGGUGAAGGCGGCGGAGAGGGAGAGGUUGUUGAAGGCUGCUGCUGCUGCGCCGAAGAUGACGAGUAGUUGUGGGAACUGUGCGUUGGGAGAUGCGUUUAGGUGUGAUGGGUGUCCUUAUCGAGGUUUACCUGCAUUCAAGCCCGGUGAGAAGGUAGAGAUAAGCUUUGACGAUGACAUCUAAAGUAGGGGUUUAUGGGUUGAGGGGAAACAUUGUAUUUUGAUGUUGUGGAGAUGCUGAUUGCAUUGCAUAGCAAGUAUUGGUGAGCAUGCAGAAUGAUAUAUCAUGAAGACAAUGAAUGGUUAAAGACAUAGACAUGUAAAAGCGUUUUGUACAGUGAUGGAAGCAUUUUACACACUGC